AUGAGACUCGUGGGUAACAAGAGGCGGAAUUCCUACGCCUGGACCAAAUGUCCCUCUUCCUGGAAUAAAGGGACCCUUGCUUUCGUUGUUGUUGAUACGCUGCUAAAUGCUGGUUUUGAGCGUGGUUUACUGGCAUUAUCGGGGGCGGGGGCGGAUAUUGUUGGUUCAUCCCUUGUCUCGACCAGUUAUGCUGCAUCCCCUGGAGCGCAUAUGAUGAGGUUGGUGGAGGUCCUGGCGGCGGCGGUAGAGUUAUGCCAUGUGAGGCUUGAGUUCGAGGCGGAGGAGGAGGAAAGGGAAUAUGACCCUGAGGAAGGGUUCCCAUGGGAGCUCCAGGGAUAUACUGUUGACGUUGUCCGUCCAUAA